UUGCUCAGGGGCACCACAGUCAUGGACGCAAAGGGAGGGGGGCCGCAUCUCCACCACCUGUAUCCUAUUGUGUUUGGUCAAGGGAUCGAACAGCCGACGCUCCUGUCUCAGGCACCAAAGCUCCACUCUUUACUUUCUCCUUGUUUUUCCUCUUUUCUUCUUUUUAUUCCUCCUUUUCUAUUUUUGCUUUUCUUCUCUUCAGCUUGUUUUUUUUACUGCCCUCCUCCUCUUCCUCCUCCUCCUCCUCCUCAUGUCUCCUUAUUUUAAAACAAACUGCUGUGUCAGCAUUUUGUAGUUGUAUGGGAGCUGGACCUCCUGCUCCUCAUCUAAUGAGCAGGGACACGCCAGGUAACACACAGCAGGACAGUGAACAGUGCUGAAAACACUUUAGCAUCCGUCCUCAUCUUUUACUCGUUCUCACUGAGAACCAUCUGUUUGUUUCUCUGAGCACAGUGAAAGCUGCCGACAGGUGACCUAAACACCUGUGUCCAGGUACGCAGCCUGUGAAGACCAUCGGCUCUGAAACGGUGUAUCUGUUUGCCCAGGAACAGACUUUGUCCUGAUCUAGACUGAAGACUGAGGACUGAUGUGGACUGAUGUUCAGUGGCGUCACUGGACCUGCUGAUGAAAUCAGUGAGCAGGCUGCUCCCUCUCUUCUUCUUCUCUCGGGAUAUAAACGUGUUCAAACCGUCCGGAUGUGCUGUCGGUCGUCUCUCUCUCCGGCGGCGGCGGCGGACCGUCGCUCAUGGCUCCAGGUGCCUCGUUUGGCUAUUCGUCACCGUCUGAGCAUGCUCAGUGGCGGCGUGUGCCGUCCCGCCCCUUGGCGCCGCCAGCCAAUUGCCUUCCUCUGCUAUAUCCUGUCCGCCAGCGCUCUGCGGCCACUGGCCAGUCGGGUGGCGUUGUACCACUCCUUCCCGACGCGCCUCCUCUCUCGGACCUGGGGUCGUCUGAACGGGGUGGAGCUCCCCACCUGGCUCCGGAAGCCCGUCUACUCCCUCUACAUCUGGACCUUUGGGGUCAACAUGCAGGAGGCGGCGGUGGAGGAUUUACAUCAGUACAGGAAUCUGGGUGAAUUUUUCCGUCGACGUCUCAAACCUACAGUCCGGCCGCUGUGCGCCUCCUCCUGCCUGAUCUCUCCGGCUGACGGCAGAAUUCUCCACUUUGGUCGGGUGAAGAACUCAGAGGUGGAGCAGGUGAAGGGGGUCACCUACAGUCUGGAGAACUUUCUGGGUCCACAGAAGCAGCAUGGCAGUGACUCGUCCUCCUCCUUCAGGGACCUCCUCCUGUCCUCCCCGGACAGCGACCUGUUCCACGUCGUGGUCUACCUGGCUCCAGGUGACUAUCACUGUUUCCAUUCACCGACAGACUGGAGGGUGGAUCUUCGACGUCACUUCCCAGGCUCGUUAAUGUCAGUUAACCCGGGCGUGGCUCGUUGGGUCAAAGAGCUCUUCUGUCUUAACGAGCGUGUGGCGCUCAUCGGCCAAUGGCAGCACGGCUUCUUCUCAUUAACGGCGGUCGGAGCCACGAACGUGGGCUCCAUCAGGGUUUACUUUGACCAGGAGCUUCAGACCAACGCUCCUCGCUACAGUAAAGGCUCCUUCCACGACCAUAGCUAUGUUGCCAUCGGCGACCAGUUGUUGAAGGCGACUGAUGAAGGGGGCGUGGCCUUACAGAGGGGGGAGGCGAUGGGGGAGUUUAACCUCGGUUCCACCAUCGUUCUGCUGUUCGAGGCUCCCAAAGACUUCAGCUUCAACCUGCAGCCGGGACAGCGAAUCAGAGUGGGGGAGGGGCUCGGCAGCCUCUGAUUGGCUGGGCGGACACAGGGCCAGAGGCCUGAGGACGGGACAAAGUUUAAGACAUUGUGGAUCAUUUUCUACGUAAGGAAGACGCGGUGGAGGAUGUGAAAAGGAUGUGUUUGUUUUUAUGACUUGUUCUCCCAGAAUGCCUUGUGCCUCAUGACGGGGAAGAUGCCAAACUUUUCUCUCUCCCUCUCUGUAUUUCUACUCUGUCUCUAUGUCGCUCACCCAAAUCAAACCCCAUGAACUAAGCAGCUCCUUUAAAAACAUUCAGACACAAAGUCAGUUUUAUUUUUUCAUCAACUUUAAGUCAAAGUUUCCACAAGUUCAGAUGUGAAAAGUUCGUCCACUGACUCAGGUCGAGUGUUUGUUGUUCAUCUGAUUGGUGGAGACUCGUCAGGAUGCGUGUGAUUGGUCAGAAAGAAACAUUAAUCAUUCAUUUCUCCCUUAAUGUCAUUUUCAUGUUAAAUCUGUAAUAAUGAAUAAAUAUUUUCUUCUCA